AUGUCGCUCAGUUUCGGUCUCGGCGACAUUGACACGGCCAUUAAAUGGACCAAAACGCUUGCAAAAGCCCUUCGUGAGGCUGGGGGUUCUCGUGCGGAAUACCAGCACCUGAUCAGACGCCUUGACAUCCUGCAGUCAACAUUGAACCUCAUUGCGGAUCGAAGUCGAGGCCUCCCUCGGGAAGAUCGCAAAGGCCUUAAAAAGGCCCUUGGCCACUGCAAGAAGAGCUUGGGGGCAUUCAAUAAAGGCAUCCAGAAGUUUCACAACUAUUUGAAGCGAAACGAUCCAAGAGGAGGGCUGAGAGGCAUACUGAAGCAGGUGCAGUCGCAGGCCGAGGCUCAAAACAUCCAAGACUUCAGUCAAAGGCUGGACGACGAUAUAAAGGUGCUGCAACUUCACUUGCAGGCGAUGUUGUUAAGCAACCUUCCGCAGCAGGAGAGUGAGCAGGAAUUUGCUCGAAGGUACUCAGAGCAAGACUACACACCUUGCGAGUAUCACCAACGCGCUAUCUGGAACACGCAGAUGGAGAUUGCGAAUACAGCACGCGCAUGCCACGUGCAACAUCGACAGCUGCCUUGCCAGAUACACAGACUUCCGCCCAUCAUCUUCAUCGAUGCCCAGAACAAGAUUUCACACUUCCACAUCGAGAACAUCACCACUUUUCCAGCACUCAAGAAUUUCUUGGAGUGCCAGUUCCCCGAUGUUGGCCUCGUCAAAGUCAAGAGGGGCGAGUUCGCGAUUCGCCGUAGAGGAGAGCCAACGGACGUUGAUAUGAGUUCACCCUUCCACGAAUGGUUCGUGCCUGGAGGUGAAUACAACAUGAGCUUUGUCUUCGAUGCAGAAGAAGAGCACACGGCUACUUGCCCGUCGUGCCACGCACGCACGGAUGCGGCUCCGGGAGAUGAAACCCAGUGGUAA